AAAACUCCCAACAAUCACGAAAAUGCCGAACCUCAGUACCUCCUACCUGCUUCCCGCUGUCCUCCUCAACCCCGCCUUCGUCCUCCAUUUGAUCAAUACCUACGUCUCACAUAUGUGGCCUCCUCCUCCCACUAUCUCACACUCUCCACACACAAUUAUGGAAAGCCUUGGUCCUCUGCCUGGCUCGACGCCGUAUCUCGACAUGCACGCCGACGAUAAGCUAUGCUGGAGAUACACAAUCGUCAUGGUUAUCGUCCAACUGUUCUCCUUUAUUCGAGUCUCGGACAACAGAGGACGAAGAAGAAGUGCUCGGGAGGCAGCGAAACUCGAGAGGGAAAGAAUUCGGAAGGAAAAAUCAGAGCAGAUAGAACAAAUGAAGAUGCAUGUUGUGUCGCAGGUGUCUGGUACAGGCAGCUACUUGGAUGGCGCCUGCGAUUUCCCCGACGAACCCUACACGAAUGAUAUUGCGCGUGGAGAAGAAAAUGGAGUAGUUGAGAUUGGAAACGCGGACCAGCGGAGGAUUGAGUCUAGCAGUGAAGAGAGCCUCACAGAGACGAGCGAGGAGGAAAUUAUCAUAUGACAUUGGUUUGAAUGACUUGUCGUGGCGCUGAAUGGAUAGAUUGAUUGAAUUGGUGGUGUAACAGCAUGGCGUUAUGGAUGGGCGGCAUGCAUUUAUCCGCGGCAAUGGCGUUUGAUGGGUGCGGAUAAAAGACAUAGAGAAGAUUGCCAGAGGCAAUAAAACGAA